AUGGGAUUUUUGGUUAGUUGCCUUGAGGGAAGUAAAGACUUGUUAACGCAUUAUAAUGACGAAAUGCCAAGCAUAAUUGAAGCUUUAAAAUCCUCGAUAGGCAAGGGACUUGGCGUUUCGGGAUUUGCCUAUGCCAUUGGGAAGGUUAAGAGCGGGCUGCAGGAGUAUGAGAGAGGAUUAGAUGCAGAAGUUGAAAUCGUUAAAAACGCAUUUAAGCAACUUACGGAGAGCAUUAAAACCGCCAAAUCAGAAUUUAAUAACCCAAUCUCGAAGCCUCUUACUCAACAAUUGUCAGACGCUUCCACGAGGGGGAAAUUCAUUACUGCUAGAGCGAAUAAUGUCGACGAAGCCGUUAAAAAGCUCGAUGAACAUCUAAAAGGUAUGUUAACAUGUAACGUUAAAUUGCUCUUGCAGGCAGUGGAGGGUUUUCAUAGGGUGACGGAAGACGUUGAGGUGAAGCACUUUGCUCGGGCCAUGGACACCGCCCUUGUGAGUCAGAAACAAAAACUCAAUGGAACUGUUAACAUUGGCAUCACGAAUUUACAUAAGACAUUAGAUGUUGAAAUAGGAAAAGUUGGAGAUAAGAUUAAAAUUAUGGGUCAACAAAAAGAUGCGCAGUUAAAGCUGGUGACGGAAGCGAUUGAGUCAGCUGUGUAUAACGUCGAAGAUUUGCUGGAUGCGUUUACGGAAUGUAGAAAUGAUAUGAAAGAAUUGUUUGUCAGACUACGCAAUGAGACGACGGAGAUUAAUCCUACACGUGGAGAUAAAUCUAAUCUCAGACUUCAGUUUGACCAGAUGGCAGGGGCAGUUACAGAGAUGGGAACGGCAUACAGUAGGAAACUGCUGUCUGUUAAAACACAAGUAGACGUGGCGGUUAGUCGUGCAUUAGAGUAUAUCACCCAGGUUGAGACAGCCAUUAAAAGUGAUUUGACAAGACUCAAAACCGAGACCGUUAAGAAUGCCAUCAUAGAAUUUGCAGAAAAGUUGAAUAGAUCCGAUUUCGGAAAAGCCGCUAACGGGCACAGUGGCUUUGCUAUUGAUAUAAGCAGUCUUUCGGAACUUGUGGGCACCGAUUUAAGUCGGUGGCUCACCGCGGCUGUAGCGGAAGGUCUCGAGAAUGUCAAAACCCGGUAUGGAGAAAAAUUGAGAAAGCAGCGUAAUGACGAUUCUGCAGUUAAAACAUUAUUAAACGCCAUUGAUGGUCUCAAAGAUAGACUUCGAGUUAAUGGUGUCUCAACACAAGUCAUUUCCGGGUUCACCGCUAUAGGAAACAGCAUUGUUCAAAAUGUAAACGACGCAAUGGGAGAUAUUGAAACAAUGUUUGACAAAAUAAUGGCUGAUUACCAUGAACAGACGAAACAAGGUUCGAUGCAAAAGGAGAACGGCGUCUUUAGGAAUAUGAUCGAUGGAAUAAAGGUCCACGUAAGCUACACCAGUAGGGGCCCCGACGGCGAAGUAAUUGACACUACCAAAAUGGGAGAUUACGACACGGAUAAAAGGCUUUAUGAUGCUGCACAAGCAGCAAUGGGGUACAUCAUACCUAUGCUGGAGAGAAUUCCCAAGGGCGUUGAUGAUGCCCAGCUAGAGGCAGACGGAAAAAUCCAACCGUUAGAACAGCAGUUGCAAACAUUGCUAGGCAUUCUGAAAUCUAUCAUUUCGGUCGUAAGCGUUGCCAACGAACAAUUAAAGUCAGCCAUAGAUGCCAUUUAUGACGCUCUGUCUAAUGCCCGCAAAACAUUUAAACACGCCCUUAAUAAUCUGAGGACUACAUCGAUUGCAAACAUAGAUUCCGCCUUCUCCGCCCUCACCCACCAAGUCCAAUCCCUCUUCGCGAAGCAGAAGCAGGCCGAGCUCGCCGCGCUGGAGAGCGUUGUCACGCAGCAGUUGCAGGAGAUUGAGAGGGUUAUUCAGGCAGAUAGGGGGAGCGGGUUGAAGGGUUUCUUGAGCAGAUUGAACAGCGGUAUUAACGACCUGUUGGAUAAUCCUGUACCGACGCCUCUCAAACAUAGCGAUUUACCUAUUCUGUCUAACAAAGUCAAAACGAAUAUUCAAGACCUUCUAGACUAUGUCUUUGAAGAGGUCCAAAAAUCCUCCGCCUCUAAAAUGCUCGAUUCAUAUCCCGACGUUGUACAGGACAUUAGUGAUAAGAUUAGUACCUUGCUGACCGAUCUCACGCAUUUCAAUAAAACAUUCACCGACGACUUGUACGCACUUAAACAGUCACACGGCGGCCUUACUCCCGAACAGUUUGACGGCAACAACAACAAAUUGCUUGAUCUUAUUAGACGCGGUGUGCAAAGCUUCAUCGAGCAGUUGGACUAUGCGUAUGUCAACAGUUACAGCGGCCAGCGUUGGGAGAUGUAUAAGGACGAUGACACGAAAUGUGCCAAAGUGUUUUGUACAGUUUCCCCGAUGUUAUUCGAUCACCUAACUGACUUGAGGAGAAGGUGUAAGCCAGGGGGUAGAUGGACCAAAUAUAAUAUUAAUCUACAUGAGGUCCUUAAGCCGCACUCAACAACAGAUAAAAUAACUAAUCCACUCGGAUCCUAUUUCAGGGAUUGCGGUUAUCACGUGUCCGCUGAAGCUGAUUCACAUGAAGGGGAUUUGAGAAAUAAGGAGGCGUGCAAGGGUAACAACAUUUACGAGUUUCUCACCAGGGAAACCACUAAUGACCAGAAGCUUGUCAGAGAACACGACGAGAAAGAUGAUGAAUCCAGCAAGCAUAAGCAUAGCAUUCUCAAGAAGCUUUGCGACUACGUUAACGUGUACUAUCGUGUCAGCCACUACGCCACUCUCACGUCAACCAAGCAUCCAUCGUCUGCCUACCAAAUGCUGUACUGGCUGACUGGGCUCCCGCAUAGUCCAGUGUACAACGCGCUGUCACAUGAAGGCUUCAGUGGUCUCUUCGAGAAAAAGGACGAAGAAGAGACGGCCACUGGAGAUGGAAGCAUCGUUCUCAAAUUCGAAGACGAUGACAAGUUGCCGGCGUAUCCGAAUGACAUCACUGCGAACAAUAUGAGAGGCGUACUAGCAGAAGUCUGCCACCACGCCGAGGAAACGCUCAUCUCCUUCCUGGGCCACGGACACUCGGGUGGCAUCUACGCCUGCGAAUUUAAUACGAAUUCCAUCAAGUUAACGUACCCAAGUGAUCCUAGUAAAUGUGUUGACUUACUCAUAGAAAUAUCGAACAGGCUGUAUCAUCAACUAUGCUUCUUACAUAAUCAGUGUACGUACGAGAGCGACCUCAGUGGCUGGGCAGACUGCUGGUAUGGAAGAGACAUCGGAGGCUCAGAGUGGAGGUGCAAUAGCCUUCAAUGUCCAAAGCAAACUGCUGACCAAAAGCACAACCAAACAUGUGACCAAAAGUGCAACCAAAGUGCUGGGUGCGGCCUUAAAUCACCACUUCAAUCCUUCUUGGAAGACGGCCUCCCUGGCUUUUUGCCUCAUCCAUAUAACAAGGCUGAUUGCAAAAUGGGUUGCUCACUCUCAAACCACAGCGGAAUACCGUGCAAAACUCCGAUGGGUUUCGUGGACAUUUCCACAAUGGCGUCGCACACCCAGAGAGGUGCACGUAUCUACAGCGUACUUGAUGAUUUCUGUGGCAGUGACGAUUCGCCACUAACCACGCUCUGCGCUUACUUUGCGUGCUUAUUGGCCACCCCGCCUAAGACGCUUGGUGACAUGUUCGCAUUUUAUUACAACUUCUUGAAUGAUUGGUGUGGCACGAAUCCUGAACGCACAAGGCUUCGGGAAUUGCCGUAUGCCGACGCUGUAAAAGAUGCUAAUUUCAAAAAUGACGACAACAGAUUGGACAUUACGUCAAUGUUCAAGAGCGCUUCCCAUGAAUAUGUCCCUGCCUCUACCCAUAUGAAGGGUGACCUUUUCACUCUUGUUGGUUGCAACCCGAAACAUGUUCCAACAUUACCUUGUGGACCUUACUUGCAGCCGUUGUCAUUAUCUAUCCCCUCCAUGUUCUCUGAGACGAACGCCGAUAAAUAUUUGUCCUGGAUCGUUUAUUUGACCGAAACGUUCUAUGACUUGCUGUCUAAGUUACUGGCUGAUUGUAAGAGCAAAUGCGGUUUGCCGCAAUCCAGAUGCAACCAGUAUAGAUGCAUUAAGAAUUGUCCUGCCGCAACGUCAUCUACAAAGACGCCAUCCCCGACUCACAGUGCAGGAUGUAAAUCAAUUGUACAGUGUAAGUCGGCCCUUCCUAAUUUGUACAAAUACGGGUUUCAUUUCGGCAGUGCAACGGUCCUGAACGGUACGUAUAAAGAUGAAGAAAAAAGGACGUGCAAUGAUUUUUGCCAAACAUUAGAAAGAAUUCUCAACAAUAAAAAAACAGACGGGCAUGCCCUAGCCGAUUUGGUAUUCGACAAAAUACCAGAAUUCCUAUGGAAAGUCCGCCAGAGAUUCUUCUGGACCACCGUCGCCCUCUGGCUCCUCUCUUUCCUCUACCUCCUCCACAUCAUGGUCAUCCGCCUCGACCUCCUCCACAUCAAAUCGCAUCUACGUAGUCCCUCGAGUCAUAGGAUUGCUGCUCAAUCACUACUUGCUGCUGCAAGAGUUGGAAGACUCAGCAAGAUAUCGUACCUUCAACCAUAA